UGAUUGCUCCGCGUGUCCGAGGGGCGGGGACGCGCGCCUGAAGCCGCCUGAGAGCCGCAGAUCUUCAGACGCUCGUUCACGAGGACCAGACACACACGCAACGGUCUCACACACAUCAUGACAUCGACCCGCGUCUUGCUGCUGAUCAGCACACUGUCACAGCUGUGUGGAGCUCAAGAUGAGCUCGUGCCGGCGAUGAUGUCAGCGGAGGAGGAGAGCCAUAUCCCAGAAUCCCCUGCUGUCCUGAGUGUGGCGCGUGAGCAGAUCCUCUCGGCUCAGUUUGAGUGUUACCUGAAGAUCAUGUCUGAUCCUCCGCGCAGAGACCCGGGCCCGUACUGUAACCGCACCUGGGAUGGUUGGCUCUGUUGGGGAGACUCCGCCCCCGGCACCGCCCUCCAGCUAUGCCCCGCCUACUUCCAUGACUUUGAUCCAACCGAGAAAGUGAGCAAAGUGUGUGACUCGGACGGUCAGUGGUUUCAUCAUCCGGUCAGCAACCGUCUGUGGACCAACUACACGCAGUGCUCAGCGGACACUCACCAUAAACGAGAGUUCAUCCUGGUGAAUUACUAUCUGGUGAUGGUGGGACACGGGCUGUCCAUCAUAUCGCUGUCCAUCUCCAUCUGCAUCUUCUCACACUUCAAGUGUUUGAGCUGCCAGCGAAUCACUCUUCAUAAAAACAUGUUCACCUCCUUCAUCCUGAACUCGAUCGCCACCAUCGCCUGGUUCUACAUCGUCAGAGAUCAGAGACCAGAGAACCCCAUGGAUUCGUCUCAGAUCGGCUGUAAGCUGCUGGCUAGUAUCAUGCAGUACACCUCCUGCUCCAACUAUUUCUGGAUGCUGUGUGAAGGGAUCUACCUGCACACACUCAUCAUCGUGGCCGUGUUCACGGGAGAACAGCAGCUGGGCUGGUAUUACGUCCUCGGCUGGGGUUUCCCAGUGAUCCCUGCAGUCCUGUAUGCUGUAGCCCGUCUGCACUUGCACGAUGACAGGUGUUGGAUCAUAAAUUCAAAGCUGCUGUACAUCACAAACAGCCCCGUACAAGUCGCUCUGCUGGUGAACCUGUUCUUCCUGCUGAACAUCGUGCGGGUGUUGAUCACCAAACUGCGGGUCACUCACUGCAUCAAAACUAACUUCUACAUGAAGGCUGUUCGUGCAACCAUCAUCCUGGUUCCUCUGCUGGGCGCUCAGUUCAUCCUGGUGCCUAUGGAGCCCAGCGGACAUGUCUCUCGAGCCGUCUACGAGUUCUUCAUGAACAUCUUCAACCAUUUCCAGGGUCUCCUGGUGGCCGUAAUCUUCUGCUUCUGCAAUGGAGAAGUGCAGUCGGCGCUGCGGCGUAAGUUUGCGCAGUAUCGUGGUCAGCGGAAGCGCCGGCGUCUGGUGACCAAUGACUUUCACAGUAACUACCACACAAACUCAUCCAUCACCGAGACCAGCCGCGUCACCAUCGGCCUCGAGCCCAGCCUCGCCAACGGUCAGAGAAACGGCAGCGUCUGCUCCAGCCACGGGCCCAUGAGCUGCGACGUGCUCGAGUGCACGGAAAUAUGAGCAUCUGUCUCAUCAUGCACAUAUAAUAUCACCAACACUACACAGGACUCCCAGCUAACACACACAUGUUCUAAGAACGGUUUGCUAACAUUUACAUAAAAGCUGCAGUCUGUAUGGUUUGUCUCUUUGUCGCCAUCUCUCUUUGAAACCUGCAAUUGCAGUUAUUUGCAGAAUCAUCUUCUUUGCGUGGGUUGUGCUCCGGCAUGGCUUCAGCGCGGAUGAAUGUAAUGUUUUGAGUGGAUAUUAACUGUACUUCAGAAUCACAGAUCUACGUCUUGGAAUAUAUGACCCAAAUAAGCAUUUUCACUGGAUAUUGUCAUAUGAACGAGUAAGUUACAAGUCUGCCACUUUUGUUCUGACCAACUGACUAAAAAAAGCUUUAAGAUACAUUACGCUACAGUGGUGAUUAAAUCUAAUGCUCAUAUUACUUCAAACCAUGUAAAUUAUUAUUAUUACUAUACUUUGUUAUGAAACUUUUCAUGUUACCAUCAGCAUUGCGUGUAGUGUGUAUUAGCGUUACAUGUAGAUUUGGUCAUACAAUUCGAAUUUCAUAUAAAGAAAUUAUUUUUACCCAAAAAGCAAAUUAUUCUUCCUUUAUAACAGGUUCUCUUUGAAAUGUAAAUUUGUGUAAUCCCAGGCAAAUUCAAAUUGGAAACUCGGGCUAAGGCACAGAGACUGGGUGCUUAUGUAUUUGCGCAACAAUUUAUUUUUUUAUAAUUUUUUACAAACAAACAAAAGUUAUGGACUGCAGAUUUAAGUUCCGAAAACUUUAUUUUUUAAAUGCUCUCUAAACGUCCAGAUUUUAAAUAUUUCCAAAAAACAAAUCCUGUUUUUUCUUGGAAGUUGUGAAUGAAAUCAAAAUCAAACUUUAUUGGAAUGUUACUUUUGAAUAUUUAAACACAAUUUAAAGUAAUGGAUUUAGAUUCUAAAAACGUUGUGGGAACAUUGUUUUGAAAUGUUUCUUACAACUUUCUACUAACUUUAUUUUCACCUUAAAUAUGUUAUUUAAACAUUUAUUUUUAAUAUUCUAUCAAUGUUAAAAUGUCCAGUCUAGUUUUAAUUAUGAGUAACGUUAUUUAAAGACUACAAAAACAUUUCUUACAACAUUCUGCUAACAGUAUUUUCACCUGAAGUAUAAAAGUUAUUUGAAAGUUAUAUAUUUUUUUACAUAUUCUAAGAAUGUCAAAAUGUCAAGAUUGGAAUGUUAUUUAAAAUAAUAAAUAAUAAUUAAAGGGAACUAAGAUUCGAAGAACAUUACGAGAAGGUUGUUUUCUUGUAGCAUUAUGAGAAAGUUUACGAAAUAUUAAUGAAGUUAUAGAAAACGUCUGCUAAAAAUUUAAAACGAUUUGUCCUUUUUUUUUUUUAUAACUUUUAAAAAACAUUUGUGAGAAUGUUCCCCGUUAGCUAAAAAUGUUUAAAAAUGUAAGAGGAAAGUCCAUCUGAAAUGUGAAAACAGAAAACAAUGUAUAAAUAAUGUCUUUUGUCCUAAAAUUUCAGAAUGUUUUUUAAAACCACAUAACUACAAGAAUGUUAAUUCGUAACUUUGAGAAAACCUGAAAGUUAGCUAAAGUUCUGAGAUCAUUCCCUGUUAGCUGGGUUGUAUUUCUGUUACAUGUUUUUGUUAUGUAUUAGUGUUUUAUUUGUACUUUUAAACACUUUGUAGCCUAUUUGUAUAUUUAAACACAUCAGUCUGACUGUAAAGUUGCUGUUAGCACCAUUUAUUCAGUCUAAAUUGUUCACAUAUUUAUAUUUUAAUAUAAAUGGAAGGAUUGUGUUCAUAUGGAGAAACAAACAAACAGAUAUUUCGCUUGUCCAUCUUACGGCAUACUUAACCAAUAAGCAAGAUAAUCAUACAAAUAGACAAAUGCAAUGGAGAUUUUCCACUUAAUAUUAGAUUGCAUUUUCAAUUUGUUUCUAUAGCAUAUGCCUUCAGAACACUUGGAACACGGAAUGAGGUGCAUGGGAUAAUUUUAUGACAUUUGAAACCUUUUUGUAAAAUGAUUGAAGAUGGCUACAAUUCAUAAGUGAAAGCAUUUUUCAUUUGUGAUCCAAAAGAAAAAAGGUAGGCCAAAUAUGGCUUUAGAAGAGCAUCGGAUGGACUAAAUUAUUUACUUAAGUUGUAAAAGGGGUAAAUAAAUAUAAACUAUAGGAGAGAAUGCGAGCAAAAUACGGGUUAGGCGUAAAAGAGCAUAUAGUGUUAGGGACCCAUAUACCUGAAAUCUGCUUAGGGCCCCCAAAUCACUAAAGUUUAGGUCAAAAGUUUACACCCUCGUUUCAGAAUCUGCAAAAUGUUUAUUAUUUUACCAAAAUAAGAGGGAUUUGAAGAUCACAGUAAAUGUAACUUUUUUUUAAUCUUCUUGAAACUAUCUUCUGUAGCCUCUGAAGGGCAGUACUAAAUGAAAAACAUAUGAAAUGUAAACAAAAUAAGAAAAACGGCUACACAUCUCCAUUCUGUUCAAAAGUUUUCACACCCCAGCUAUAAAUGCAUGGUUUUUCCUUCUGCAGCAUCAGUGAGCGUUUGAAGCUUCUGUAAUUGCUGCAUAUGGGUCCUUCAGUUGUCCUCAGUCUGAAAAGAUGGAUCCUUAAAUCAUACAGUCAUUGAUAGAAAGGGUUCAAAUACACAAAAAUGCUGGAAAACCAAAGAAUUAGUGGGAGCUGAAGGAUUUUUCUGAAGAACAGCAGGCAGUUUAACUGUUCGGGACAAACAAAAGACUCAUGAACUAUCACCUAACAAACAAAACAAAAAAACAGCUGUGGAUCAUUCAGCUAACAACACAGUAUGAAGAGUCAAGGGGAUGAAAACUUUUGAACGGGAUCUUUUUAUAAGUCAAACUAUUAUUUUCCCUUGUAAACUAUACAUCUUUUAUGUGAAUUAUCUUAUUGAAGUCAGUACUAAAUAAACUAUAGCAUGCAUUUUGUAUGAUCCCUCUUAUUUUGGUAAAAUUAACAUUUAGCAGAUUCUGAAAGGGGGUGUUAACUUUUGACAUCAACUGUAAGCCUUGCCUUGGGUAUUGCUAGGGUAGUGCACUAGGUAGUGUGCAUGUGCUCUCGGGAGGUUUGCACAAGAGAGAGCAGAAAGAGAAAGAUAUCAGGACUUUUUACAUAUACUGUAUUAAAAUACGUUGUUGUAAAUAAGAUGUUGUAUAGCUAAGCACUUGUUAAUUUUUUUCACUCAAUGUAUCCGCUUCAUGAGCCCUUAGAGGGGAGUUUUUCUGUUUCAGUUUUUUUAUGAUUUACUUUUUUUGAGGGAAAAUGCAAAGAGACAACAUUCCACUUUGACUUGUUAAUAUUGGAAUAUGACUAUUUGUGUAAUGAAUCUAGUGAAACUCAAUAAAAGUACUUGCAUUUGAA